AUGCAAACCCUGUUGACUGCCACCACCAUCAUGAUCAUCACCAUGACCAUCACCACGACCAUCACCAUCCACAUGGUCCUGGACAUCACCAUCACGACCAUCACGGACAUCAUGAUCAUCAUCCUGGCCAUCACGAUCAUCACCACGAUCAUCACCAUCAUCCAGGCCACCAUGACCAUCACCACGAUCAUCACCAUCAUGAACAACCACAGCAUGCUCAGGUGUCUUCCAAGUUGCCGCAGGCAAAGGUGUUAG